GAAGCUUAUGCAGUCACCAGAGCCCCUCGGACGAAAGACGCCUCGAAACUGCUUGGAGGGGAACCAUUUUCCUUUGGUGGAGAUGCUGUACAUCAUCAACCCCAAUAAAGGUAUGCUUUUGUCGAUCUCCAUUUAGACCGCUCUAGGUUGUGCCAUGAACUCACCGUGGAGUUCGAUAUUAGCCCGAACCCAUCUCAAAAGUUCAUUCUUGCCUCGCUGCUGACCCCAGAAUCACAGGGCGUCAGAUGACCGCUUUUGGUGCGCAGGUGCAUGGCGCAGCUCCCUAGUAUGGAUAUCAGACAUACAAUGCUGGUCCGGGGUCUGUAUUGUCAUUUCAAGGUGUACGUUCUUCAACUAUGACCUUUAACUUCUUGACACAGUCAUAGCAUAGCCAGUAGCCUGUUUAGAGCCCUACAACCCUUUUUCAGUUGCAGCUUGGAUGGCCACACAAGGCCUCGCAUGGUUGUGGGCAUGGGAAGGGCCUUUAAUGCCUUCGUGAUCGUCACAGGCAAGAUCUGCAGAGCUAUCAUCUUUGUUUAGCCUGGUUCGAUCAAUCUCAGCUUGCGCCACCCUUUAGCAUCUGCGGCUGGCGCCCUUCGUAACUGGAUGAUUCGCUAGCAUAUGGAUUUGGAAGGGGUUCGGAGACCGCGUCGGCCAGGGCUGGGGCUCGUUGUUAGCGGCUUGCUGCUCUAUUUCCCCCAGUAUGCUGGUGAUGCUUGCCAAAACUGCACCCGGGGGACCAGCAUCGAGCUCAUCUUACCGCAGGCCACGACGGAGGAGCGGCUCUUUCUCCUGGGCGCAGGGGAACAUGUCUUGCUCAUCAUCAUGUACGCAUGCUUCACCCCGGCGUCGAUGGGCAAGGAGAGGGGCAGCGAUCAAACCCUGGUGGGAGAGGUCGUUUUGAAGGUGCUUGCGAUGGUUGAAAGGAUGUUUGAUGCUGUAAGUGGUGGGCGAGGUGGGCCAUGCUAUGCCCAUCACUGGCAGUUUCCGGAUGUUUCGCCGAGCCAGUUGCCCUGUCAACAUGGCCUUUUGCCUCGCUUCUAGAGGACAUCAUCCAUGAGCAGUACCGCCAGAAGUUUUACGAGAACCGCCUGCAGACCGUUCAGAGCGUCGACUCACGCCGGCGCACAGUGCAGGCGAUGCCCAGCGCACGCGGCUAAGCGAUUCUUAUUGUGGGGAGCUACUGUGGAUGUGGCUGCAAAUGCAAGGAUAUCAAC